GCGACCUCAAGUAGGGCGGCACUUCCUACGGCUGCAGCAUGUGGUUCUUCGCACUCGACGGCGUGUUCUCCCUGCCCGUCCGCAUCGACAUCCCCCCGUGCGACCAGCAGAUGGCGGCGGCGGCCAGGGGCGGGACAGUGAGAGGGUACGCUCGACCCAUGCCAUGAAAGACAGACAGAAAGAUGCGUCCCUCUCCCACUGUGUGCCCUUUUUUUGCCUUUCCCUUGCAGGUGUGCGCGUCUGUCGUUUGGGAGUGGGUACCUCUACUUGGGGCAUGGUGGCAUGAAUGGUGCGGCGGCCGACCUGUCGUACUGCCUGCAGUCGAUGUUCCCCGCCCUGCCUGUCGGCCUCUUCACGCUCGACGAGCUGGAGGUGCUGCACAUCGAGUAG